AUGGAAGACCCAAAUGAUGGGGAAGUGUUUCACAGAAUCUUCGAUCAACGAGAGGUAAAGAGAUGGGGUGAGAGCAAGGUCAAGAAAAGCGGACCGGCCCUCCGUGGGUAUGAAGCAGACACCUUGAAGUUUAUUGCUGAAAAGACGACCAUUCCAGUCCCCAAGGUGUAUGAUACCGACUGGCAAGAUGGUAGGAUGACGGCUUUUUACAUGGAGUACAUACCAGGUAAGACGCUCGAUAAAAUAUGGGACGAUCUGAAGAAGGAGCAAAAGAUUGCCAUCGCCAAGGAGCUUAAGGGGUACAUGGCUCAACUGCGCAGCCUGAAGGGCACCUACAUCGGGGCUCUUGAUAGGAACAAGGCCUUGAUUGGAAAGAAAAUGCCUCACGAAUGCGGCCCGUUUGAGACCGAGCGCGAGUUUAACAGUUACAUCAUGGAGGACAUUACCAGCACGACGCCCAACAUGCUGCGAAGGUACGCGAGGCACGCCCUCUCACACAACCACGAGAUUGUCUUCACCCAUGGCGACAUUGCUCCUCGAAACGUCAUCAUUGGCGAAGACAAAAAGGUUGCCGCCAUCAUCGACUGGGAAGAGUCGGGCUGGUAUCCGGAGCAUUGGGAAUACAUGAAGGCGUUUCAAUAUCUUGAGCCGAUGAUGGACUGGCCGGACUACUUGACCAUUAUUUUCCCGCCCAAAUACGAGAAGGAGUAUAUCGGACAGUGCUUCUUGGACAGUAUCAUGUAUCAUUGA